AUAAACGGUCAACCUAUCCAAAUUUCUAUGAAAAAUAUUCCCCAAUAGAUCGUUCAAGAUCGUUUAUUAGUGUGCAUUUAAAUCAGCAGUCAAUAAUAUCCGAUCCUAAAACUGGUGCACGAAAAUCUCCAAUUGCUCAAAAGUUCACUGACGAAUCUCGUGUACAAACAGUCAAAGACAUUUUUGAAUAUGGUUUAAAUAAUUCGAGGUCUAAUCGGUGUCUGGGGAAACGACCGUCUUUCAAUGAUCCAUACUCGUGGCUAACUUAUGAUGAAGUUGAUGAGCGAAUAAGGGCUAUCGGGUCGGCACUCUCAGAAAUUGUGAAACUUAAACAUGACUGUGAAAAUUUUGUCGGGAUUUAUGCACCAAAUUCACCAGAGUGGGUUAUUAUGCAGCAUGCAUGUGCAGCAUAUUCUUAUACCAUAGUACCUUUGUAUCCAACUCUCGGUGAUGAAGCUUUGCAACAUAUUCUAUCGCAAACGAAAAUGAACUGCGUGCUGUGUGCUUCAGGACGUGAAGCUCUUCAUUUAAUGGACAAAUUUGAAUCUUCCCUUGAAAUUUUAAUUAUUAUUGCAAAUGAUUCUAAAUUUGAAGAAGUUAAAUCUCGUUAUAGUUCGAAAGUUUCAAUUUACUUGUUUGAAGAAUUAAUGAAACUGGGGCUGAAUAAACUUUUACCGAAAAAAAACCCGUUACCAACAGACCUUUAUAUGAUUUCCUACACUAGUGGAAGUACUGGUUUGCCCAAAGGAGUUUUGAUUAGGCACAAAGAACUUACACAUUCCACAAUUUCGCUUCAUGAAUCCACUGAAUUCAAGAUUGUCACUUCUAAUUCAGUACAUCUCUCAUAUCUCCCACUAGCACAUAUUAUGGAACAAGUAGCAAUGUCUUCUCAUAUUCUUAUGGGAGCUUGUUCGGGAUUUCUAACAGAAUCUAUUGAUGGUCUACUGGAUGAUGCUCAUAUUUUGAGACCAACUUCACUGGUUGUAGUUCCACGUGUACUUUCUCGUUUGUACACAAAAUAUCAAAGUGCAUUGGGUGAUUCUGUAAUGAAAAAGCAACUUUAUAAUUACAUUGUGAAGAAAAAAUUAGCUGAACAAAAACG